AAUGAAGUUUCUUCUAACAAAACGUCAAUAAUUUUAUUUUCCUUCGAUGUUUCCCGAAGAUUUAAAGAAAAACUAAAAUUCUGUUCUUAAUCCACGAUUUUCCAAUGACGUGUUCGCCCUGUCAACAACUCGAAAUGUAUAUUUAACUUCGCUGAACUAUUGUUUUUCAGGUUUUUUUUACAAAUACAACCAUGUCAGAUUUAAGACAGAAAGAAAAACAACUUGGGUCUCCAAGUACAGGAAGUGAUGAUGGCAACGAACCAAACGAACCAGUUGGGGCCCAAGCGAAAGAAACAGAAGAUCCAGACUUGGGUGACUCUGCACAUUAUGCCCCAGCAGAGACACUCUGGUAUCAUGGUCGGCUUGACAGGUAUCAAGCUGAGGAGAGACUAUGGAACUGCAACAAAUUGGGAUCUUAUUUAGUGAGAGAAAGUGAUCGUAAACCUGGAUCUUAUGUCUUGUCUUAUUUGGGACGUACAGAGAUGAAUCAUUUCAGAAUAACUGCUGUGUGUGGCGACUUUUAUAUUGGUGGUAGACAGUUUGUUUCCUUGAAUGAUUUAGUAGGAUACUAUACAGAAUGUAGCGACUUAUUAAAAAGAGAAAGAUUAGUUCACCCUGUAGCUCCCCCCGAGCCUGUAAAUGACAAAAAGAGAGUUGUUGCCAUAUUACCCUAUACUAAAAUGCCUGAUACGGACGAAUUGACAUUUAAAAAAGGCGACAUAUUUUUUGUACACAACGACAUGGAUAACGGAUGGUUGUGGGUGACAGCUCAUCGUACUGGGGAGCAAGGAAUGAUAUUUAGAGAGCUGGUUGAAGAUCUUGAUGAUAGCAUCGAUCCAAAUACUGUUUUUCCCUGGUUCCAUCCAAACUGUACAAAAAAUGAAGCAGUUGAUUUACUAGUAAAAGCCGGUCCAGGAAGUUUUUUGGUGAGGCCUAGCGAUAAUUCUCCCGGUGAUUAUUCGUUAUUCUUCCAUAUCAACAACCAAAUUCAGAGGUUUAGAAUCGAGAAGAAAGGAGUCAGAUAUCUCAUGGGCGGUAGAAUAUUUGAAUGUCUAGAUGCGGUGAUAAAUAGAUAUAGAAAAGAACAAAUUGUAGAAGGCUAUACUUUACAACACCCUCUGGUAGUUGACGGUAGCAAACAACUUGAUUGGGUUCCUGAAAACCAAAAAGCCAAAUCAGAGGCUGAGAAAAUUUAUGCUACUCUAAGAGAAUGCAGGGAUCAGGCUGGUUUGAAGAAAAUGAGGGGAAUCAAGCAUCAAGGUUACUUGCUUAGGAAGUCGGACAAAGGUGCCAAAAAAUGGAAAUUGCUUUAUUUUGUGUUGCUAGUCGAUGGAACAGAUACCCAUCUGUGUUUCUACGAAAAUCCAAAGAGAACUAAACCCAAAGGGCUUAUAGACUUGUCCUGUGCAUAUUUGUAUCAGGUUCAUGACAGUCUUUGGGAAAAGCCUAAUUGUCUUCAAAUUGUCGAACGCGCCCUGCCAUGUCUAGCUACUGCCACCCAUUUGUCAGGUCGUUCUCCAGAAGAGUGCCAAGAAUGGACCAACGCUCUAAAGCCUUUGUGUGUACCACAGUUAAGCAGAGCUACUGCCAAGGUCCCUAGAUUGAGGGAAUUGAGAUGUCUCACCCUUCACAUCUUGGACGCCCAUAGGUUACCAUACAAACUGGUGCCUUUACCAUACGUUACAAUACAGUUUAAUGGCCAAGUACGUAUCGCCAGAACAAGAGCAAAGAGUACACCAGAUCCAGUUUGGGACGAGGAGUUUGCUUUUGAUGAUGUACCCUGUGAUGUGGUCUCAUUUUCACUCACAGUUUAUAACAAAGGGAAGAGAGGUAAAGAUACUGAAGUUGCCGAGCUACAAGUGGAGUUAUCUGCUUUAGGUAAUGGAGAAGAAAGAGAAGAAUGGUAUUCGCUUUCCGGCCUUACCCCAAUGGGAGAAUGGGGUUCACUAAGACUGAGAACACGCUACUUACACGACCUAGUUAUGCCUGCCGAGGAAUACAGCCCUUUGCAGCAACUUUUAUUAGAGUCAGGCCUAAUAUCCGUUAAAACCCUUGCGGAAUUGUGUCAUGCAGAUAGAGCUCCUCUAGCCACAGCUCUUUUGAGAGUAUUUAGAGCGGAGGGUCGUGAGACCGAACUUUUGAGAGAGCUAAAUUCCGCCGAAAUAGCCAGGGAAACUGAGACAAGUACUUUAUUCAGGGCCGCGUCUCUGUCUACCACUCUUAUGGAUUUGUAUAUGAGGGCAGAAUGCGGAGGAUUUCUACAAGCGGCUGUCCUGGAAAUUGUUUUGAGACUCUUAGAAAGUAAACAGUCGGCUGAACUUAACCCUGCAAAAAUGGACUCUUUAGAUGACGCCUGUAAUAAUGCUGAAUUCUUACUUCAGGUUUUGGAUCAGGUGACUCUGAGUAUAUUCACGUCUCCAGACGCAUGCCCAAGGCCUGUGAGAUACAUUUGCGGCUGUCUUCAGAAAGCUGCGGUGGCAAAAUGGCCCGAUGAGAGGCACGUGCGGACCAGGGUUGUAUCCGGUUUUGUUUUUCUACGAUUACUGUGUCCAGCAUUACUUAACCCAAGACAGUUUGGACUGGUUAGCGAACAACCCAGCCCAUCAGCAACAAGAAGCCUAGUUAUGGUAGCGAAAUGUCUACAAAAUCUGGCUAAUUUAGUCGAGUUCGGCGGCAAGGAACCUUAUAUGGAGGUUGUGAAUCCCUUUAUUCUGAAAAAUAAGGAACGGAUGGUGGUAUUUUUGGACCAACUGUCCGCGAUAGGCGAUCCGGGGGAACCCAGGAUCAUAUCCAAGCCUGAUACAGCCAAAGAACUGGCAACGCUGCACCACAUAUGCGUAGCUCACUUGACCGAGUUACAAGCAGUUGCCAAAGUUAAUCAGUCAAUUAAAACGUUAGUGACGGUCACAGAAAUGCUGGCCAAACACAAACAGAAGUACCUGGAAAUGAUCAGGUAGUUAAUAAUGGGUCAGAAGAAGUUGGAAGUUGCCAAGCGGCAAUUCGAGGCCGAUGCUUAAAUCAAGUUCCACAUCUAGACAGUUACUUUCCCAGAAAAAAAUCUCAGGUAGUAGCAUAGGCUGAUAGGUUAAGUAAAUUCUAAAUUUCGCAUAAAAUAAGCAAAAGGAAAAAAUGAGGAAUACUAAAAAGGAACCUACUCUUAAAGUAUAAGAAAAUGCGCGCACAGAAAUCUCAGUGUAAAAUUACAGAUUAGUUAGUUUAGUUUAGAGUACUGGAACUUCAAUCUCUUGUCUGGUUUAUGCCUAGAUCGUAUAUACUUACAUGGAUAAGUAAAUCAUUAUGGAAACUGUCGCAAACAUAUCAACGACUUCCAUUUAUCUUCGUUUUUUGUUGCACACGCGGUGCUUCUACUCUAUCUAUGCUUGUCGAGGA